AUGCCUCCUCGUCGCCGUACAGCAAACAAUGGGCAGUCAACCCUAGCCUUUGGCUCCCAGGCUCGAGUUACCAAACCAGUCACCGCACCCCAGACCAAGGCCCUCGACUCGCUCCGAACUAAAUCUCCCUCAACCCCCGAACCUCAGCUUUCCGACGUACCGGAAACCUCUAAGCCUCACGUCGCGGAACUAGUCGUGCGCCAACAGGCCACCACCGAGGUUCAGGCGCCGCACACGGAGGAGGACAAGCGGGCGCUGGAGUUGAACAAGCAGGACAUUUGGCGGUAUUGGCGGACUCAAGAUGAGACUCGCUUAGCACCUCCUGCGCACCAAGAGGGAAUCGACAUGGAAGAAAAGAUUCUGAGACAUUUUGAUCUCUCAAGUCAAUAUGGGCCCUGCAUCGGAAUCGCUCGAAUCAAGCGCUGGCGCCGUGCCAACCAAUUGAAACUCAACCCUCCUAUUGAAGUUCUUGCGGUUCUUCUGAAAGGGAAAGACACGAAACAGCGGGCAUACAUCGAUGAGCUGUUGUCAUGA